AUGGGAGCUGCUGGACAGAAAGACGAAGCUGGAAUCAGGGGAAUUGAAGCAGUUGACGGAACCAGGUGCCGAAAUCUUUGCAGGUCGCCGGAAUCAACACCAAGCCCAAAGCAGGAAGUCAAAAUCAACACAUGGAACUCGAAUUCUCCUCCCGAAGACAUCACGUCGCAGGUCGCAGGCGGUGGUCGUUGUAGAGGUCGGCAGGCGAACAUCGUUGUGGUGGUGGUCGGCCUCAAUUCAUUCACCCAUCAUAGAGCACUUCAGUUUCAAAGUUGCAUCGAUCGAUCCAUGUCGUUUCAGAAUGAAUCCGGGGACAUUUCUCCACAGAGAAAGCUGGGGAAGGGAAAGAUCGAGAUCAAACGGAUCGAGAAUACCACAAAUCGACAAGUGACAUUUUGUAAGCGUCGUAACGGUUUGCUCAAGAAGGCCUAUGAAUUGUCUGUUCUCUGUGAUGCUGAGGUUGCUCUUAUUGUCUUCUCAAGCCGUGGCCGCCUUUAUGAGUAUGCUAACAACAGUGUUAGAGGGACAAUCGAUAGGUACAAGAAAGCAUGCCUAGAUCCACCUAGCAGUGGCUCGGUUGCUGAAGCCAAUGCUCAGUUUUACCAGCAAGAAGCUGCCAAACUGCGCCAGCAAAUUGCAAAUCUUCAAAACCAGAACAGGCAAUUCUACAGGAACAUCAUGGGGGAAUCUUUGGCAGACAUGCCGGUGAAGGACCUCAAGAAUCUUGAAACUAAGUUAGAGAAAGCGAUUAGCAGGAUUCGAUCCAAAAAGAAUGAACUGUUGUUUGCUGAAAUCGAGUAUAUGCAAAAAAGAGAACUUGAAUUGCAUAACAGCAAUCAGUUUCUUCGCGCAAAGAUAGCUGAAAAUGAAAGAGCUCAGCAGCACCACAUGAGCUUGAUGCCUGGAAGUUCAGAUUAUGAGCUAGUAACACCUCACCAACUCUUUGACAGUCGAAGCUACGUUCACACAAACGAGUUGCAACCCGAUAAUGAUUACUCCUGCCAAGACCAAACCCCUCUUCGCUUCCCUAAAUACGUGGAGGACCUCAAGAAGGGAAAAUUCAAGGUGGUUGGCACCUCAGGGAUUAAGACAAAGUAG